AUGGAAAGUAAAGAAGAUAUUGCUAAAAAAAUGAAAGAACUUGGUCAUGGAAAAGCCAAAAAAAUAGGUUCUGGUAUCCGUGUUAAUUGUAGUAGACGAACAUCUGGUGGAGAAAAAACAGAUAGUUCUGAUGACGAUGUUGAUAUUCGUACUGCUGAUAAUAACCUCAUGUUUGACAUUGAACGUAACUUGCCAAAAAAGGAAAUUUGUGACCAAACAUUUACCAAACCCGUUGUUCAAAAUGUUCCCAAGAAUGAAUUUAAAAGAACAUGUAACAGUAAACCUGUCUUCCAACCGCAAAAGACAAAUUAA